AUGGAGCUGCAGAUCCUCGUCCGCAUCUUGGGAUCCCACAACGAUUUUGAGUUAUUCAAGUACGCGGAGCAGAGCGUGACGCUGAUCCGGAAGGCCCUGCUAGUAGAACAAGACGGGGAUUUAAUCGAAGGUCAACGCUACAUGAGUUUAGAGUUACUACAUGCCACCAGCAAGAAGAAGGUCAAAGGAUGGAGGGCGUUCCACGAGUCAGUCUACACCCACUUCACGGUGCCGCCCCUCCUACGCGCGCUACUCACCCGUGGAACUCGUGCUCACCGCAGAUGGUUCGAAAAAAAGAGUAGGCUCCUAAAUUUGUAUCAAGAACUCUUUCCCACCUACAUCCAAAGGGUCGAUCAGAAGAUAGACACAACGUGGGACCAAGCGGAGCUUAUCAUGAGAAUAUACUAUGACUGCCAUGAAGUUGUUCUCUCAGAGGCAGCGACGUAUACCGUUGUCGUAAUUAUUGCAGUUAGGAUGGACAAGGAUGGGGAAAUGAAGGCUUUGGUAGACGAGAUAAUAGCUGAGAUGGUUGUACAGGGUCGCGAUUCUCAGGACCAACAAGACAGUCUCGAAUAUGACAAGUCCGUCCGGCAAUAG